UAGCCUGUGCGCGCACUCAUUUCGGGUAUGAACACCAGUUUAUUUUGUUCUAAACAAAGUGCGAGUCACCCCGGCACGGCUGAAUGACACCGAAAGACUGACCAAUUGUUGUCAUUAGCUGUCUCUUCUGUGUAUAUUUGACAUAAAUAGGCUAGUUUUAUCAGAAAUGGGUCCUGGGUAAAGAGAGGAAUAUUCUAGAAACACCGAGAACUGCGGGGUUUCGAAUACGGACGGGAGCGGAGCGGCCCGCGGCCGUGAAGGAGCUUAGCAGCCGGUAGAAACUGACGGAGUCGCCGGCCAUUGUCUGUCAGCACCGGGAUCUAACCCCUCGCCAAAGUCAAGUCUCCUUCAGGUCCCCCCCUGCCCCCCUUGCCAUCCUGAUUCCGUUCUGGGAGAGUUCAGACCAGUACCAUCGCCAAGAUAGCCGGGCCAGGCAGGAAGAGGCACACCUCAGAUCCAGACCCCAGCAGCGGUAGUGACUCUGGCGACGGGCGGCCCGUUAGUGCCAAGUGCUUGAAGAUGGCCAGCAGCAGCGGUAGCAGUGUGGCCGGUAGUGAGACUGUGGGCCGUCGCGGUGGGGCUCAGCAGCAGAGAGGAGGCAACAACGGAGACAGCAGCUCAGACCUGUCCUCCAGCGCCAGCAAGAAGAAGCAGAAGGACAGAGCGAACCAGGAGAGCAGAGAGGCCAAGAGGGCAGCAGCUGGGGUUAUUGCUGAGGCCAAGAAAGAUGUGUUUGUGGACUGGAAGCAGAAUGCCAAUGAGGUGAUUGUCAGACUGCGCUGUGGGGAGGGGGUGCAGAGGACAGAGGACGUCAGCACAACCUUCACUGAUACACACUGCCAUGCACGCUUUCCAGAUGGAAGGCAGUGGGGAUGUCGCUUGCAGGAGGAAAUCGAGGCAUCGUGCAGCAGAGUUCAGUUCAAGGAGAAGGGAGGUUUCCUACUGCUCACCAUGCACAAGAAGAUUCCCUUUCACAUCUGGCCUUCACUCAUGUCAAACAAAAAGGAUAAGGAGCCAGUUACCACUGAGACCAAGAGCGCCAAGGAGCAGUUCUCUCUGCCUGUGGCAAAGAGUGAGAUUGCAUCUGUUGCCUUGGAGUCGGCAGACAAACCUAAACUAUCCACACAAACCCAAUCCCAGCCUCCCUCCUCACCUGCACACAGUGAGUUGAAGCGCAGUGGUGGCAAAGCUGAGCGUGGCAUCAAACGCUCCCUGAAAAACAAACCAGCGGGUGAUAAGGCCCCUGGAGACUCUGCUGGGGUGAAAAGUGGGGCUAUUGAUGGGACGCCCAUUACUAGUAAGCCUGUUACAGUCACCAGAGGUGACCAGCAGCCUCUGGAACCCAGCGCCAAGCGCACCACUGUGCGACUAGCCAAGACCACCAAGGAGCCUACGCCACUGGCUGACAGGGACUUGCACUCUCCCAAGGCUACAGUAGCCAAUGGGAAAGCGCCACACACACACCCCCCCGCUGGUCGGAGUCCCCAGACACAACAUAGAGAUGACGACAACAGAGCAGAGCGACUAGGCAGUGGCCAGGAACAUAAAUCUGGAGUUGCCAUCGCUGCUACCAGCCAUACCCAGAUCAACAAAACUCAGGUGGAGGAGAAGCGAACCCAGUCCUCAGAGAGAGAGCACAAGUCUAUACCAGCAACACCUGGCAGCAGUAGCCAAUCAGCAGCUCCUGUUAGUAUUAGUGACCACAUCAAACCUGUUGGUUCCACCAAUGGAAAUGACCAGGCAUCUCUGGAGAAGCUGGUGGAGUCCUACACAGACAGGACUGACUCUGAGCCAGAGAAAAAGCCCGCUGAGCGGGAAUCAGAGCUGGGUACUCCAACCCAUCAGCAGUCUGGAUUAGGGGAGAUAAGUUCAAUACCAGCUAGGGGUCUGACCACCAAGCAAAGUCAGUUACCUGGUCUGUCCCAGAGACAGGGCAGCUGUGAGGGGGAAGAGAAGCGGGACCAGUCUAAAGAGGAGCCUUUUCUGGAGAUGAAACAGGAGAAAGCCCCAGAACCCAUGGUAAAUCUGCAGUUUGUGAAGAACGAUUCAUACGAGAAGGGCACAGACCUGAUGGUGGUUAAUGUUUACAUGAAGGGGGUCUGCAGGGACACGGCCAAGGUCAUCUUCAGGGAGCAGGACUUCACCCUCAUCUUUCAGACCAGUGACGCUAAUUUCCUGCGGCUUCAUCCAGACUGUGGGCCGAACACACUCUUUAAGUGGCAAGUUAAACUCAGGAACCUGAUCCAACCUGAGCAGUGCAGCUACUCCUUCACCCCAUCCCGACUAGACAUUACACUGAAGAAGAGACACAGUCAGCGCUGGGGGGGCCUGGAGGCCCCUGCCACACAAGGUGCAGUGGGGGGCGCCAAGGUUGCUGUGCCCUCUAGUCCUGCCUCUAUGGAGAAGAGUCAGCCAGGCAGCAGUCAGCACAGUCUCCCAGCCAAGGAGGAGCCUCCCCGUGUGGGGGAGGAGAAACCCAAGGCUCCCAAGGCCCCAUCCAGAGUGGACGAUGCGGGUAUGGAUUCUGUGGUUCCUCGUUCAGUCUCUGAGCACGUCCCCAUCACCAAGUCAGAGCCUGGUGUCACUACGCCUAAGCCCACCUGCAUGGUGCAGCCCAUGACCCAUAUGGCUCCUGCCAGCAGUGAACGUCUUGAGGAAGAAGAGGAGAAGAAAGUGUGCUUGCCUGGAUUCACAGGAUUGGUCAACCUCGGCAACACCUGUUUCAUGAACAGCGUCAUCCAAUCCUUGUCCAACACCAGAGAACUCAGGGACUACUUUCAUGAUCGAGCAUUUGAGGCAGAGAUCAACUGUAAUAACCCCCUGGGAACAGGAGGCAGGCUAGCUAUUGGCUUUGCUGUGCUGCUCAGGGCCCUUUGGAAAGGAACACACCAUGCCUUCCAACCCUCAAAACUCAAGGCAAUUGUGGCCAGCAAAGCCAGUCAGUUUACAGGUUAUGCCCAGCACGAUGCCCAGGAGUUUAUGGCUUUCUUGCUGGACGGACUCCAUGAGGACCUGAAUCGCGUCCAGAACAAACCCUACACAGAGACAGUUGACUCAGAUGGACGACUGGAUGAAGUGGUGGCGGAGGAGGCCUGGCAGAGGCACAAGAUGAGAAAUGACUCCUUCAUAGUGGACCUCUUCCAGGGCCAGUUCAAGUCCAAGCUUGUCUGCCCCACAUGCUCCAAGGUGUCCAUCACCUUUGAUCCCUUCCUCUACCUGCCUGUCCCCUUGCCUCAGAAACAGAAGGUGCUCACAGUUUUCUACUUUGCUAAAGAACCUCACAAAAAACCCAUCAAGUUCCUGUGCAGUGUGAGCAAGGAGAACUCCAGCACUGCUGAAGUCUUAGAGUCCAUCUCUAGGAAUGUGAGGAUCAAACCCGAGAACCUCAGACUGGCAGAGGUGGUGAAGAAUCGUUUCCACCGUAUCUUCCUGCCAUCCCAUUCCCUGGACACAGUGUCGUCCUCUGACAUGCUGUUGUGCUUCGAAGUGCUGUCCAAAGAGCUGGCCAAGGAGAAAGUGGUGCUGCUCCGAGUCCAGCAGAGGCUCCAAGUGCCCAGUAUCCCCAUCUCAAAGUGUGCUGCCUGCCUGAAGCCUCCUCUGUCUGAGGAAGACAAGCUGAAACGCUGCACUCGUUGCUACCGUGUGGGCUACUGCAACCAAGCAUGUCAAAGGAGCCACUGGCCCAAUCACAAAGGUCUGUGUCGACCCAACAUGGAGAAUGUGGGCCUGCCGUUCCUGAUCAGUGUGCCAGAGUCCCGACUCUCCUACACCCGCCUCACACAGCUACUGGAGGGUUAUUCCAGAUUUUCUGUCAAUGUGUUCCAGCCUCCUUCCCAGUCAGGCAGGACAUCUCCUGAAACGUCCCAGUGCAGGGCUGACCUCCCCCUAAUGUCGACAGGCUCACCUGAAGGUCUGGGAUCUGGGGAGGAGGCCGUGGGUGGUAGCAGUACCGUAGGAGCAGGUCAUUUGGACCUGGAGAGCCCAACUCUGGUGCUUGAAUCCCAGGCAGACUCUGCCCAGGCCUCGGCCAUCCACUCUGGGGAGCUGGACUCCCUUUCAUCCUCCCACACUUCACUCUCCACCACUCACACUGUGGAUUCAGGGUUUUCCGAGCCUCCCUCCUCCACCUCCUGCUGUUCCCUGGACCCGCAGGCAGAGAAAGAGACGUCCUGUGAGAAGGCAGUGCGGCCAGAAGUGGCAGUAACAGGGUAUCAGCAGCCAAGUGAGACAGCAUCAGGUCAUGCCAGUCAAUUCUAUAUCUCUCUGCUGGACUCUAACAACAAAGAGCAGAGGCUGGAUGAGAAAGAUGAAGCACUGGUAGAUAUCCCAGAAGAUGCAACCCUGGAGCUAGUUUGGAAGAACAACGAGCGUCUGAAGGAAUAUGUUCUGGUGCGCUCCAAGGAGCUGGAGUUUGAGGAGGACCCGGGCUCUCUGAGUGAGACAGCCAGAGCGGGACACUUCACCCUGGAGCAGUGCCUCAACCUCUUCACCAAGCCAGAGGUGCUGGCACCAGAGGAGGCAUGGUACUGUCCAAAGUGCCAGCAGCACCGUGAGGCAUCCAAACAGCUGCUGCUGUGGCGUCUCCCCAACGUGUUGAUCAUCCAGCUUAAACGCUUUUCGUUCAGAAGCUUCAUCUGGAGGGACAAGAUCAACGACAUGGUCGACUUCCCUGUCAGGAACCUUGACCUGAGUAAGUUCUGUAUUGGCCAGAAGGAUGAGAUGCAGCACCCUCCUAUCUAUGAUCUGUAUGCAGUCAUCAACCAUUACGGGGGAAUGAUAGGAGGCCACUACACGGCUUAUACCCGACUGCCCAGUGACAAGAACAGCCAGCGCAGUGAUGUUGGCUGGCGUCUGUUUGACGACAGCACCGUAACAAUGGUGGAGGAGAGCCAGGUGGUGACACGCUAUGCCUAUGUCCUGUUCUACCGCCGACGAAACUCCCCUGUGGAGAGGCCACCACGCUUCCUGGGGCCUCUGGGUGCUGAGUCACCCACUGCUGCAGGAGCCACGGCCAGCCAGGCCUCUCUAAUAUGGCAGGAACUGGAGGAAGAAGAGGAGGGGCUUGACGAAGGCCCCCGUGGCCUGUUCCGCACUGGGCUGCGGAGGCGACAAGCUCCAAGGAUGAUGCGGAGAGAUGGAGAAGAUGAAGAUGGAGCUGAGAGGCUGUUGCCACGGCAUCGCAGGCAGAGGAUGUCGGACUAUUCUGAUGACGACUGUGUGCGAUAUUUCGUUCUAGGGACGCUGGCGGCCGUCUUUGCCUUGUUCCUCAAUUUGGUCUACCCUCUGCUUCACAAAGCCAACUGGGGCUGACAAAUGGCUUGUUUGUAACUUAGCUAUGCUGGGGCAUCAUUCCUGUGUAUAGAAGACAGAUCGGGCAUGCAGUGAGAGCUCAGAUAUGAACUCGAGGCUGGCCAGCUAACGGAUUUACAACUUGAGAAAACAUCCUGAUAGUUUUCUCACUCCUCUCGAUCAUGGAUGGGAUCACAGGCAUUAGUCUUUAGGAAGCAUAAUAAAACCCCAUUCUAAGCAAUCUUACAUCACUACAAGUGUGUGUAUGACUUCAGCAACUCAACCCUUUAAAAUUCUUGUGGCACACUUUCACACAUGGAAAUAAGGUGCAGGCCCACCAGAAAAUGGUGGAUGGCACUUGAAAUAUUAUGUGGAAGGAAAAAUACCCAAGUCACCAUAAGAAAACUGUCUGGUAAUCCUGUUUUACACUAUUGUGUAAGACCUAGAGUGCUUGUGAGCCACAUUUAUGUAUUGUUGGCUGCUCCAUGCAUUGCCUCUAUGCAUUGUAUUGACACUUUGGUCUGCUGUGAAUAAGUGCUUGUCUCAGCUAUACAUGCUUUUCAGCAGUUUGCUUUCUAGUGCAGCCUUCUUGAUGAUGGUACUCAGAUGAUAAGUUCUAACAGCCUUAAUCACCCACACAGUAACUUUUCAAUCCAGUUGGUAGAGUACCUAUGUAGCGAGACUGUAUCAAAUGUGUAUAAUCUAAGACGUUACUAAAUUGGAUGCCAAAGUACUACCAAAACUGCAGCACAGAAACGAACUGUCCAUCCCCUGAUGUAGCCAUUGUCUAAGGCUCCCUUUUUGCAUGCUUGCUGCCUUCCUGCUGCACUGUUGUGCGACACUUUAAAACUAAUUAAACUAAUUAAGCAGCUGAUGUACAAAAAUCUAAGACAGAAGAAGGAUGCAUGUGCGUUCAGCAAUGGCCAUUACUAUACAAAUAAUAUUCUGUUGAACACUAAGUUAUAGAACCCUAUAUUUCGUGCGUGCGCAAUUUGUGCUAUGUUGCUUUUUUCAUGUCCUUAAAAGAACACAAAUUGAUUUGUGAGAUGAGAAAUAGGAAUUUCUGAUUAUUUUUUAAUGUUGUUUUUCUUUAAAUGUGUCCAUUACAGUACUGUAUAGAUGCUUUUAAAUGAAUAUUUUCAAGCCAUAGCCACUUAAGGAUUUUGAAAUUGUCAGGAUGAACUUUUAAAGCUGACAAGUCAUUUUGUCUUUUUUAAAAACAACCUGCAAGCUGAGAUAUGAAAUGUACUGACAAUGCAUUGUGAUUUACAAUGGAAAUACCGUCCACCGCAGAAUGUAAUGAAGUGUGUUUGAAGGUGACAUUAAGUACUGUACGGAAAGGUAUUGAUUAUGCGUCUUUGGGCAGUUUUGUGCUUAAAAAGUCACAAAUUUGUCUUUCAAUUGCACUAAGUCUUUGAGUGUAUUGACUCCUGAUAUUUUUGCCUUCUAACUGGAUAAACUGAUGAAAUUAGUUUCUUUGUGUAAGAUAUUUGUUUUGAUUUGAAAUCCUAGAGACCUAUUUCCUGUAUUACUUAUUACAUAAAACACCUUACUUAACAAAAUUACCCAACAGAAUUCCUCCAAGAUGCCCUAGGCUAUACAACUAUAUAAUUUUUUUUUUCUUUAAUAAUUGUAUUCAUUUCACAGAGUUGUAUUUAUGACAGUUCUAAACAAGUCCUCUGAAUGAGAUUUCUCAGAGGACAAAUUCAAACUCAUUAACUCAGAACAACUCAGACAAAAUGAAUUUCUGCUCAGAACUGUUAGCGGUGUUAGGAUAUGUUGGAGAUAAUGUGCAUGAUGAAUCAGCACUGGCUUUUCAGUGUAGUAUGAACUAGUGUUGGCAGGAACGUGCAUUUCAUACAUUUGUCCAGUUUUUAUAACCAUCUUCACUGUUGUGCAGCUCAGUGUGACUUUUUGAGUGAGAACUGCCCAUGGACAGUUUGUUUGUGCUGGUGUUGUGGUUGUGAGUGUUGCAACAGGUCUCAGGGAAAUCUCAGUGUUAUCAGGCAUCAAGGCAGUGUAGGGCUACCUAUGUUUGCUUCAAAUGCUUGGCAUAGCUCAGUCCACCAUCAAGCUGUGUGUACCUGAUUCAAAUAUAUGCAAUCUAGUUUUAAAAUAAUUCAUGUUGUGUGUGGAACAUACUCUGCUUUUUCUGAAAUGCAAAACUCAGAAAAUGUGAAAUCUUCAGGUGCCCAGUUGAAACAAGAUUGUGGUCAACUGCUCUUAAUCAUGUCUGUUCAGUUGAUCUUAAGUUUAGGAAGUUUUCAGGAACUGAAUCACUACACUUUUAGAACUGAGUAAUGUUGGUAUUCUGUUUGUAAUUGAAUAGAUUGAAAAAGGACCUUACAGCAGAUGGAUUACAGUGAAUUUGCAUGUAUGUAGUCAACUAUAAGAUUCAAAUCAUUGAAGUACACAGUUAAUUGGGAAGAGUAAUCAUGACAUGUAUUUUCUGUAUGAAAGUAAUUGAUUAUCUGCUGACGUAAUAUGUUAAUCACUCAGAUAAUCUAAAUAUUGAUUUGUUGAUUUUUUUAUUAUUAUUAUUAUUAUUAUUUUUUACUUGCAAUAUGAAUCUAGUUACCUCCAUCCAAGUGCUGCUUCCUAUUAUAAAAAGCAUUGUGUUCCUCUUUGGAAAUAAAAUGUCCAACAUUUA